GCGCUCCUCUACAGACUUUCAUAAGAGCAUCUGACGCUCUAAUAGAAUUUGGUACGCAAUUUGGUGCAAUAAAAAAUGAUGAUUUAGAUAUCAGUAUGCUAGAGGGAAGGAAGAACAAGCACUGAACGCAGAUGUCGUGAAUGUAUCCAUGUCGCAAAGAUUUUGCCUCUUCGCAUCAUCUGCCAAUAGUCUUUGCAUAACUAUUUCGAGAGAUACGUCUUCUUCAUUCACAUUUUCCAAUGCGGACACUACCAAGUCAAAAGCUUCUGGUAGCGUGAACAAUGACAUCUCUUUCAUCCACAUUUGCUCCAGACGUUUUUAUACCCUCCACCAUACUAUGGAGGUUAUAUAUAUUUUGUCAUUCCGUUUGUAACUCAUCGAAAUAAUGAUCUUACCACCAACAAAGUACAUAUAUUCUUGAUCAGCGUAAAAUUCUAAGAGUAUUUGGCCAUGUCCGUCUGUCUGUUGUAAUCACUCUAUCUUUCGAACGAAUUGGGUUGGAAGGCUAAAAUUUUGCACACACGUCUAUUUUGCAAGUAGUUAAGUUCGUAAAUGGGCCUUGUAGGUCCACGUUUUCAUAUAGCCCCAUAUAACGGUACCUCCCGAUAUUCGGUAUUUUGAUGAUUUUAGCGACAUUAUUCACCAGAAUUGUUUCAAAGUUGGAAUUUAAAGUUGUUGAUGAGUACUACCAUCUGUGACAGAAAAUUGCCCAUGCAGAUCCACGACUUCGUAUAGCCCCAUAUAACGGUACUUCCCGAUAUUCGGUAUUUUGAUGAUUUUAGUGACAUUAUUCACCGGAAUUGUUUAAGAUUUGGUGUUUGAAGUUCGCAAUGGAUACUACAGCCUGAGACAGAAAAUUGUCUGUGCAAGUUUACGUCUUCGUAUAGUCCCCAUAUAACGGUACCUCACAAUAUUCGGUAUUUUGAUGAUUUUAGCGACGUUAUUCACCGGAAUUGUUUCAAAUUUGGUGUUUGAAGUUCGAAAUGGAUACUGCAGCCUAACGCAGAAAAUUGUCUAUGCAGGUCCACGCCUUCGUAUAGCCCCCAUAUAACGGUACCUCCCAAUAUUCGGUAUUUUGAUGAUUUUAGCGUCAUUAUUCACCGUAGUAGUUUCAAAUUACGUAUUUAGAGUUCGAAAUGGGAACUACAGUCCGUGAAAGAAAAUUGCUUAUGCAGGUCCAGGUCUUCGUAUAGGCCCCAUAUAUCAGUACCUCCUUAUAUUCGGUAUUUUGACGAUUUUAGGUAAAAUACUCACCGAAAUUGUUUGAGAUGUAGUAUUUAAAGUUCGUAAUGGAAGCUAUACCCUGUGACAGAAAAUUGUCUAUGCAGGUCCAAGUCUUCGUAUAGCUCCUAUAUAACGGUACCUCCCUACGUACGGUAUUUUGAUGAUUUUGUAUACAUUAUUCACCGUUUAUUCUAAGUUUCGAAUUUGAAUCUGGUAAUGGCUUGUGACAAGCAAUGCCUAUGUAGGUGCACGUCGUACAGGCCCUAUUUUUUUUUUAAUGUUAACAGAAUUUUUGGCGAAUGUUAUCUUUUUCGAAAAUUUUCAAAUUCGUUCUUAAUGGUGGAGGGUAUUCAAAGUUCGGCCCGGCUGAACUUACUGCUUUUUUACUUGUUAAUUUUCUUAAAAGCUCAUCAAACAAUAGAAACUAUUUUCGCAAAUCAUCACCAGCCUUCAGCCUUCGCAGAACCGCUAAUUUUUUACUUACCAAUGUAACCGACUUCUUAGCAAAUGUACUUUGUAGAGCAGACCACAUCUCCUUCGUUGUUUUCUUGUCGUAAAAACAUUCCAAAUAAUCAUCUGCUAUUAGGCUGAUGAUUGUUGUCUUAGCCUUUCUAUCCUUUUUAGAGAAUGUUUCAGCUAAGCUUUGUUUGGCUGGUCGAGUUUCUUGUCGUGAACACAUUCCAAAUAAUUAUCUGCUAUUAGGCUGAUGAUUGUUGUCUUAGCCUUUCUAGCCGAUUUAGAGAAUGUUUCAGCUAAGCUUUGUUUGGCUGGUGGAGUUUUUUUCUAUGGUAUCCAGCAAAACCAACGAAUCCAGAUACAUCCGCACUCGAAAACUGCAGUUCUCAAAAUUAGUUCUACGAAAUUGCAAGAUUCCGUGGGUUGACUCUUGCUUGAUGUCGCCCAUAACCUCUUAUAAUAUUCUUGCAGAGAUUAAACGCGGUGGUUAUUUAUUUUUUGUAAAAAUGGAAUGUACACAAAGUAGAAUCAAAUGAAAAAUGCAAACGUAUGUAAUUGAAACAAUAUUAAAAUUACUGAGUUAUUUAAAAAGAAUUGAAAUAUUCGGAGUAUCACAAGAAAAUGAAUAAAGUCUUAUAUAUCAGGAACAACGCAAAAGUAAAAUUUAACAAUGCUACUUCAAAAACAAUCCUUAUUUCCUCUAGUGUUCCUCAGGGCACUCAUCUUGGGCCUAUUAUUUUUUAUCCUUUUUAUUAAUGAUCUACCAACAACUAUAGAGUACUCAAGUGUAUUAAUGUACGCCGAGGGCAUGAAAAUUGUUCUUUCCUCCAAAGUUCGAAUUGAACAAAAGUUACGUCAGUCUUACAGCCUGUUCCACGAUCUCGAAAGAAAAUUUGUGCGAACGAAGGCUACUCACUCACUUUCGCAUAAGAAUGCGUUCCACUAACUUUCGUUCUUUCUUUCGCAUAGCCUUACGUGAUUCAGUGUUGCUAAAUAUUUUUUGGCAAAAUUAAUCGCGAAAUAAGGCAAAAAAAGCGCCAAAUGUCUAAUUUAAACGCGAAAAAGCAGCAGUGGCUCUGUCUCAACUGACAGUUCAGUUGUAAACAAACAAAUUGUAAAUAAACAAACAAAAUAAAAUUUGUAGUGAUUGUGUUCAGAUUAUUUGUGUCUUAAAAAAGAAAAAAAUGAAUAUUUCUGUAGCCCUAUUUUUUAUGGAUGAUGAGGAGGAGGUUCAAAAUGUGCAACGGAGGCAUUUAAGAGAUGCUUCGAAUUUAUUUGAAGUACCUAACAACCACUUUGUGGUCAAUUUUCGUGUGUCGAAGGAAGUUUUUCGGGCUCUUUUGGAUAUGAUGGAAGAGAAGUGGGUGCCCGGUUGCAGAACUACCCAAAUCCGCCCCGAUUUAAAACUUGGCACAUUCUUGCGGUUUUUGGCGACAGGAAGCUACCAACAGAAUUUAGGGAACGAAGCCUUGACUUCAACAGCGAAGUCGACAGUGAGCAGAACCAUUGCGGAAUGUCUGCAGAUUUUUGAGGACCACAUUUGCGGCCAAUGGAUAAAAAAGCCGACACUCACAGAGGAACGCAACACAAUGGAGGCUUUCUAUGAAAGAACAAUGUUCCCUGGAAUUGUUGGAUGCGUUGAUGGCACGCAUAUCCGCAUCAAGUCACCAGGGGACGAAUUGAAAGCCCUUUACUAUAAUAGAAAGGGUUAUUAUAGUAUAAAUGCAAUGGUGAUAUGUGACCAUAAAAUGCUAAUAACAUUUGUCGACGCUAGACAUCCCGGAAGCAACCAUGAUGCAUUUGUAUGGGAAAUGAGUGAUCCAGACAAAUGUAUGCAAAGGGAGUUUGACAAUGGAAAACGAAACUUUUGGAUUCUCGGGGAUGGAGGAUACAAAUUGAAGCCCUUUCUCAUGACGCCUUACCGCAGCCCUAGAGAUGCCGCCGAGAAAAAAUUCAAUAAGAGACAUGCAAGUGCGCGUAACGUCAUUGAAAGGUGCUUUGGGGUCCUAAAAAACAGAUUCCGAUGUAUCAUCGGAUCUCGGGGCCUUCAUUAUGACGCUGCAAAGGUAGUGCAAAUUAUAAAUGCAUGUUGUGCGCUGCACAACAUGUGCAUACACUACCAAUCUGAAGAGCCGCCAGGUGAUGUUAUUGAUGAUGACCUGGAAGACGAAGUGGAUGACAAUAAUGAUCUUGAAAGCAGAGCUGACGCAAUAAGGAGAAAAAUUGCAAUAAAUUUAUAAAAUUAAAGAAUUUUUUUAUUAAAAUAAAAUUAAAUAAAUUAAAUUAAAAAA